GUCAAGCAUCCCAUAAUAUAUUGUAGGUUCUUGUUGAUCGACCGUCAUGUCUUGGUCUGCCUCGCAUGGCGAAGGUCAGGGUGGUAGCCUUUCUCGCUUGCAAACUCCAUGCAGCACUCGCCUCAAGAGAUUAAAACCCGCCUAGACCGUGUAGUAGAUACUGAUGGAAAUGUUUUGGACAUGCCGGCCGUUCUUGAGGCAGUGACGAUUUUAGAGCGCCUUCCCAUAACGAAAGAGGCUCUUGAGAAAACACGGUUGGGAAAGACAAUCAACCUUCUUCGAAAGAAAACAAAAAAUGAAGAAUUAGCCAAAAGGGCCAAAGGACUUGUGAAAAAGUGGCAGAAGUUGGUGAUGAACCACCUUGAGACAUUGCGUAAUGCAGACUCUCCAAUUAAUGGCAGUGGAUUGUCAUCACCACAGAUAAAUGGGACUGUUAGGGACCCUGAGAAACCUGCCUCCCCAUCUGUUGACAGGGCAGGAAAAUCAAAAAUUCUCGAAGGAAAGAAAAGAGGGGUCAAAAGAAAACGUAAUAGUUGUUCCAGCUCAGAAAACUCUCCAGUUGUGUUCUCAAAAUCAGAUGAUUGUGAAAGUCAUCCUGGAACUCCAAAUUCUGGUGUACUACCACAAAUUAAAGAUAUUCACAAUCAAGGAAAUAUUUCAACUGUUUCUCCUUCUCAACCUCCUACACCACAGAGUGGAGACAAGAGUACUUUAUCAUUACAGAGCCCAGAAGAGAGCAAUAUCCUCUCAGUAGAUUCAGGAAUUGAAUCCCAGCUAAGUGUCAAAACAUUGGAUGAAUUAAAUAUUGAAAGUGGAGUAGCAACUACUGAAUCAAAUUGGAAUGAUCAGUCAUCAGAUGUACCAGAAAAUCUCCCUUGUAGUUCACAGAAAAUGCACGAGAAUGUAACUGACACAGGAGAGGGUGUUUCGUUGCAAUUUUAUAAAACUUCCAGUGGAUACAACAAGUCAAAUAGUGUUAGUUCUUCUCAUGAUGAUGACACAACAGAAGUGAACAUAUUGUCAGAUCAUCCUGUUGAACAUGAAAUACCCACAUCACCUGUUGCCAGAGAAUUUGUAUUAGAUGUAAAUGUUCAAGCAAAUGGAGUUACUGGGAGAUUUGGUGAUGAUGGUUCCUGGUAUGACUGGACAGAGGUUAUGCCUUCUAGUGAUGGUGCUCUACAAGUAUUACCUUAUGUGAUACUUGAAUGAUGAAAUUAUCAACUCAUAAAAAUUCCUUGUCAAGAUUGUAUUUCGUUUUAUAGUAUAGAGACACUCAUACAUAGUGACAAGUAAUUAGGACCUGUGCUUGCAAUAUGAAUGCAAUAAUAAGCUAACUUCAGUGCAGUGUUGGAUUUGAUGUCGAUACAAAAUGUUGGAUGCGACUCUGUUAGUUUUACUUUUUUGUUUGUCACUAGUUUCAGGUGAAAAUUAUUUAUUAUUAGUGUCACAGGUUAAAUGUUACUUAAUAAAAGAUGUUUGCCACUAAGCACAUGUAGAAGUUAUUGAAAGGUAAGGAUAUGAGUGGUCUUGUUUUAGGAAAUAUUAUUCCUGACUUUUAACCUCAAGAUGUAUAUCUGGGUGAAGAUCAUGAUGACAGUAACAAACAAGGUUUUAUACCAAAUAUCAUGGAAUACUGACUGUAGAAUUUAAGCUCAGCAGGAUAUCAGAAAUUUGGAAGUUUUCCAAUUUCCACCCUGUUUGCCUUUUUUUGCACAGCUGUUUUUCUUCAGAUGUUCACAAUAAUUAAUUUACAUCUACUAUCAUUCAGUGUGAGCUUCAGUUUGCUUACAAUUUCUUUAAGCUAUUUCAGCACUGUUGCUAAUGUUAGUUUGAAAGCCUAGAUGCCCAGACAAUUAUCUGGUAGCUAUGGAUUAGUAAGUUAUUUUCAUUGAGGAUAAGAAAAAGAUUUGGUGAGGGUGGAGAGUCUUAAAGAGAAAAGUUGCUUGGAAUCUUGUGGAGAUUGGUUGACUUUCCAUUUUCAUCCGAAGCAAUACACAACUUUUUCUCUGCUUAUGAGUAUGCAAAUUUAAUUUUUUUCCUCUAAUGUAAGCCUCGCAAUUUCUUUUUUAUUGCUUAAAAUUGUCACCAUUACUAGCUUGCCCUUCUAGCUGGUAGACCAUCCUCAUGUCUACUUGUUUUUCUUGUAUUUUUCUUAUAUACACAUUGUCUGUUCUUCUGAAAGAAUAGAUGAAAGGGAGGGUGAUUCUCUCAUAAAAUGCAAUUAGUUACUUUAGUCCAUGUGACUUUAUGAUUACAUUGGAAGAAGUACUACAUCAAUACAAGUUUGUACUAGCAUUCACAGGGCAUUUUAGGAUUAAAGUGUUCUUGGUGUGUAAUAUGCAUCAUAGCAAAGAAGGGUGUUUUAUGUUACUGCACCAGAUAAUAUUUGAAGGGAAUUUCAUUUGAAUAACAGUCUGCAUGAACAUAGGUUGUAAUAUGACCUGACACUGUUUGUUUUCUUCCUUAAAGGUUAAGAUGCAAACCACUGAGGUUGCAUUUUGAUAAACUGAAAUUUGCAUUCAAUUGUUUUUAUGGAGUUGUUGGGUUUCCCGAGAGUAUAUUCCUAUGAAGGAUUUACAUUGUCGAAGUUAAGGUUGAAAGCUUAACUUAGCUUAAUGUUUGUACAAUCAUGUAAAUAAUCCGUAACAACCUUCUUUGAAGGAAUUCAAAAGAUGUGUAUUCAAAGUGAUUGCAGGUCAUUAAUAAAUAUAAUUUCAUGUA